AGCUUGUUCUGUGAUGUCCGGCAAAUGAUGGCCUAUGUCAAGGAAAUUCAUGGAGGAACUUUCCGAAGAGUGGCUUUGAGUGGUUUACUAGACUCCUUGCAGAAAAUCAGAAUGGAGCAUGCAGAAAGAAAGCGAGAAAUAAUGCUGAAGAAGCAGUCAUCUCCAGUCAAAAGGACAACAUCAGUCACCUCUGAGAGUGGAGAUGAAAAAGAAACCACCCCGCUUUCUAAAAAUAUUGGUUUGCAGAGCUCUGAAGACCCCAUGAAUCGACGAAAAUCCAAGAAGUCUCUCUUCCGCAGUAAAAUUACAAAGUCACUGAUGUUUCAGUAUGCAGCCAGCGACUCAGAGAUCCUAGACGAAGGACCAGGUAAAAGCCCCAGGACAAGCAUAUCAGCAGCUGAGGAAGAGUCACCAUCCUCCAGUACAACACCCCGACGACGAUUUAGCAAGUUUAACAUUGGAUGGAGACGUGGAACAAAAAGUGACCAUGAAGAUGAUCAGAACUCGGACCCACCCCCGUUGGACAAGCGAGAGAGUCGUAGUGAGAUGCAAGUGCACAGAACAGUUCCCGCAACAGGUGCUGGUCGUGGUCGCAUGUCCUUCCGAGCUGCUAGCCAGGCAACUCUAACAUUUCUCAGUGCUCGUAAACGGAUAGAGGAUGGAAUAAAGACACUAGGGAAAAAGAUGACGCGGAAAGGGAGUUGUGAUGAUUUUUUCAAGCAAAAAUCUGGGCUGAAGAAUGAUGGUGUGGAUCUUUCUAUGGUCCGGGAGAAGAAAAUGGUGGACAAGUUCCUGAUUAAGUCUGGAAUGUUGAGAUUCUCUUUCCUUUUGGAGUGCUGCCACCCUGGUUCUCUACCUGAUCCACAGUUGAUUGCAUCUAUGCUGGACCUUGAAGCUCCAGUAUCAGCAAGAGCUGCUCUUCUCCUGGAGUGUGCUCAGUUCAUCCAUCGGUGUAACCGCGGUGACUGGCCUAACUGGAUGCGACUCAAUCUACCAAGUUUCCGACAUACUGUAGCAGCUUUACAGAAUCGAGGUCAACCUUCUGGGUACAGAAGAAACCUCAUGUUGCAACGUGCAGCUGGCCGUAUGUUCUAUACGUGGGCUGAAAAUCUUGGCCUGCAGAUGGAAUAUAUUUUGGCUAAAGAACAUGCAGACAGGUUAGCUGUCAUUGAUGAAGUUAAAGAUGAGAACAGGAAAAAGAUUCUGAGAGCAGAGGAUGAGGAGGAAGAUUUUCUGGAUGAAGCUUCUGUGAACCAGAAGGGCAGGGAAUGCCCGUAUGCUUUGAAAAUGCUGGCCUGCCUUGUUUUAGUGGAAAUCACCACUUUCUUGAGAGAAACUUUCCAGUAUCUGCCACGAUCUCGCAGUCAGAAACGGGAGCACCUGUGGGAAAAGAAUGUGACUAGUCGUCGCUACAGUAGCAUUGUCAGCAGCCCUGGUCACUCUGAUAAAAGUUCAGAGUCCAACUUGGCAGAGCUGCCUUCUGGCAUCAGUAACAUUGGCAGUCCUGGAGACAGGAAAAUCAGCUUUGCUGUUCUGACAGAGCGAUCAGAUUCCUUGCACAGUAGUACAACUUCCUUGUCUCAGGCUGAUCCAGCUUCCCAAGAGGAAAAGAGAGAAAGAGGGCGUCGCUUGGCACAAGGCAGACAAAAACUGUUGCGUCAUUUCCGUCGCGGAUCAGGCCACAACCUCAGCUUUCGUCGCAGCUUUAAGCUGAUGAGAUCUGAAGGAGGAAGUAAGUCACGUAUAAAGCAUGGUGGGAGCAUCAAGUCUCGCAAGAUCAGUAGUCACUCUCUACAGUCGGAUGCCAAGUUCAUGGAAGAGGAGAUGCCCACUGAAGAUACAGAGUCUAUGGCCAUGAUGAGUGAUGAUACUCAGGAGUCACCCAGUGAUAAAGACAAUGAAUUGGAAGAUGAACAUUUGUAUACAAAUCUACCGUGGAUCAAAGUUGUGGUACAGUUAGCAAAUCUGUCAAACUUCAUCUGUACUCACCAAAACUACUGUCAUCCGAACUGUUAUGAGCGCCAACGGCGGUCAUGCUCAAGACUUACUACAGCACUGCGGAAAAUUUACGAGUCAACUGAAGAGGAUGAGAAAGACACUAGUAAACAUACAGAUGGAAAGAGAGACUUACUGAAAGAAAAGCUCAAAAGAAGGGAAUCCAUCUUUCAAGUGGCUUCUCCAUCAGUGAGGAGAAGAGAAAGCACACCUCUUCUGGAGAAGAUCAAAACCGAUGUUUCUUUAACAAAGCUAAAGUUAAGCUCAACCUGGAAGAAAGAUGACAAGCCUAAAGAAGCCAAGGAGGAGCCUCCAAUCAUUAGAUACCUGACAUCUCAGGCUCAGAGACUGACACAGUGCCCCAUGGCCAUUCUAACAAAAGCAGCCCCAGUCCUGAAUGUUGAACACUUCAUCGACAUCAUGCCUGUUGCCUGGGAGCUGAUGCUUGAGAGUGAUCAGGAACUUGCUGCUGCAGCAGCAUCUGUCUUCUUGCUGUCCUCUGCAAAAUCAUCUGAUAAGGCCAGAAACAUGAUAAUCAAAGAGUUACAGCAUGAAGAGACCAGCCAGAGAAUCAAUGCAGUGCUAAGAUUUGGUGCACUUUGGAAGUUCCGUUACCAAGUUUGGCCUAGAAUGGAGGAUGGUGCCAACAUGUUUUUCAAGCUUCCACCUCCUAGCAUUGAUUUUACCUUACCGUCUCCCACCAUUGGCCUGCCUAAUUUGACAGUCAUAGACCCUCCGUGGAUGCCUCACUUCAAAACAAACAUAGAAGAGGUCACAGUCAAUCAGGAAGAAACGAAAUCCUUGGUGACUGCAACAACAACUCGUCGUAAGCAGCAGCAGGAAAUGAUACGUAAAGCCUUGCUUGCUGAGGAGGAACGCAAACGAGUUGGACGGGAGAAUUUCCCUAUGACCACAGUGCCCAUUACACAGCUGGCAGCGUAUGAGCCAGCUCUCCAUCAUGGAGAGGCAGAACAUGAGGAAGUGGUACAAGAAGAGCUGACACUGGCGGCACGACGUGUGUCACUGGCCCCAACCAAUCGGGCCAAUAAUCAAAGCCGCAGCAUGUCCUGGCGAAACGGCAGUUUGCACUGGGGCAGACUGGCCGCUGAAGGUGAUGAGGAUAGACCAGAACAUGGCCACCACCUGCAGAUGGCUCAGUCUGUGUUCCCAUCAUGCAUCUGUGCUGCUGUUCUUCCUGUUCUGCACUUGCUUGAUGAUCAUGAUGUCAAUGCUGAUGGGGUUUCAGUGGCUGAAGUAGCAUACAAAGUGAUCUGGGACUGCAUUGUGGAUGAUCCGAUUCUCUUUCUGAGACAUUUCUUAGAGAAACUGACUAAUAAAGACAGACAGGAAGAACUGAUAUUUCUGCUGCGCAAACUUGUUUUGUAUUUUCCUCGGAUGCCAGCCCAGGCAGCUCACUCUAUCUUUAAUUAUCUGAUCGGUUACAUCAUGUUCUAUGUAAGGACUCCAUGUGAAGGUGGACAGGAUGCUAUUGCUGGUGCUCUUUCUCUCCUAUGGCUGUGUAUUCCAAGUGUGGAAGGCAUAUACUUUAAAGACCUCAAGCAGACUCUGAAAAAGGAACAGUGUGAUCCAUAUCUGCUUGUGUCUGUCAGUGUGGCAAGUGCCAAGAAGAUUCUGGUACAUGGACCUGAUCUUUCUAGUAUCCCAUCUCAGCUACCAAUUCAUGAGGAUACCCAGUUUUACCAAAUCCUUCAGGAGAGUCUGGAGUUUUUCAAUAUUCCAGAAGAUCAGCAUGAAUCCCAUUUUCUGGUCGACACCAAAACACAUCAGAUCCAUAAUAACAAUGCUUAUGUGAGAGACUUCUACUUUUUCCGGCGCAACUUUUAUCCACAACUCAGCUUGGUGCACAUGAAUCCUGACGAUGCAAAACUGGCCCUCCAGAAAAGAGUGUUCAUGUUGAAGUUUGUGGAGGUCGGAAAAGUCUUGCUGACCAAUUCUGUCAUGGAGAGCACCCCACCACACCAGAACCAUGUCUCAUUUCUGCAUGAGGAGCUAACCAAGUUGCCAUCCUUUCCACGGAAGGCAUUGGAGACAGAAUUUGACAUGUACUCCGGUGCUUGGGGAAAAGAAAUCUUUGGAAUGGAUUCACUUCACAAAUACACUUGGGCUAAGCUGAUGAGUACAAUGUUCACCUCCAUGUCCAGCACUUUCACUGCCUCGAAUGACCUAAACCUCUUCAUCAGUGUCAUCAAUGGCACCAUUGUCCUCCAGUUUGAGGACACCGCCAUCCUCCGCUUCUGUUUGGCCACUCUCAUCAAUGCCUCUCGUCACUUUAAACACAUAUUUGCUACCAAUGGCUUCUUGUACAUCAUGCCCACUCUGUUAAGAGUUUACAGUAACAACCAGCCCAACCCUGUCCUCAAGAAUGCCAUCCACUUUGUGUGCAAGCAGUUCUACAUCCUGCACCGCAAGCCUUUCAUUCUUCAGAUGUUUGGAAGUGUGGCUCCUAUCCUAGACAUGAGCUGUGCUUCUGAAGGUGUCAGGGACUGUACCAAGGUUCAGCCUAACAGUCUUUUCAAAUUACUGCUGUCUCUGGAGAAGGACUGCCCAGAUCAGCUAUCAGUUCUGGAUCUUGUAGUGGGUGACAAGCCACUAAAGGCCCUUGAUUUCUGCUAUGAACAUGACUCGGACACCUUCAAUCUUAUGGAUGUGGUCAACAUGUGUGUGACUGUCAUUGCUUAUGCUCCAGACUCUUUUCGCUCUGGUCAGAUGUUGACGGUCCUGCAGAUGGUUAUCCCCAGAUACCUGGACCAUAUGAAGAGGGAAACCAACAAACGGGACAAUUCGGCUGCAGCCAGGGCUGAAGUGGCUUCCAUCACAGGCCUGGCAGUUGCUCUCAGGGCAUUGAUCACAUGCUGUGAGACCUUUGCCAGGAGCUUGAGUAUACCACAAAGAUUUCUUGAGGUAACAAGUACCUCUGGAACAAAACCAGUCCAUAACCACAGUAUCCAUUCUUUGACAGCAGAUGAAAAAGAAGAUUCUCAUACUAGCCGUCACAUGGAGGAGGGCAGGAGGAAAACAUAUGCCCCAGAGCCAGAUGACUUAGAAUUAAGAGAUGAAUUCCGUAAGCCUCGAGAUUCUUUGCUGUGCAUGGCUUCUGAAUUCUACACCAAGUGUUUUGGUCGCCUUAAAGAACUACGCAAGAUUAUGGCUGACCCAGCCUUCAGGCCUCCAGAACUUUUUGACAACAAGACUCAUAAUCGGUUGGCUGAAGUUGCUCAUACUUUAUUGAAACUAGCACCAUAUGAUCCACUCACCAUGGGUUGUCCAGGACUGCAGAUGUAUAUGCUGGAGAUAUUACCAAACACAGACUGGUCUCAUGAGCUGGUUCGGCCUGGACUCAAUCUUAUUCUCAGAAGAUUGGACAGACUUUUUACCAAAAUCUCCAAGAAAACAGCUUUAAGAAGACAGUUGGAUUGGGAGGCUGCGGCAAAUAUACUGAAAG